GGCAACUUUCAGUGGUACAACUCAUCUUACACUAGGGCUUUACCUCCUUACUUGGUAUCUAGGAUUAGAACAGCGAAGAUGAGCAGUUUAGAGUACUUAGCAUAUCCAGUGAUUGUUGCCAAUCACAGGCAGAGUACCACCAUGAAGAAAAAACUGGACAUUGGUGACUACCUCUCUCACAAGAACAAACUAGAACUCGCAAGACCUCGUGUUGAUAAUAAACCCCCUCGUGCACAAACUCACCAUCACUUUAAAAUGAGCAAGAUUCAGGAGGACCAGAAGAGAACUGGUAGAAUCGAAAGAGAAAACAAGCAGCUGGCAGAGAGGUUAGCUACCAUUCAGCGUGGGACAGGGAUGGUGGAUUGCUGGAAUGAAUACUUUCAGAGGAGCUCAAAUAGGGAGAAGCAGAACAGGGAGAUGGUGAGGAUCACUGUUGAAAAUCAGGGGAUUUUGAAGCGACUUGGUGACCCUAAACCUACAUAUGAUCGUAGGAAGUCUGAGAUUGAUUGGCAGAAUUCACGGCACUAUAUCCGGAAUACCACACGGUAUCUCAUUGCUUCUCAGGACAGCUAGGAGAUUACACCAGGCAUGGAUAAUACAGCAGAGACUUAGCACAUCUUGAAAGUCCGAUGGCCUGUUAAGGAUACAUAUUACAACUGGCUGAUGUUUUCUUAGGAUUGUAAAAUAAAAUGGAGCAUUGAA